AUGAACGGAUCUGAAUCUGGAAGACUCUUCGAGUCAUCGAUGACUCCAGUAACGUCUCAGCCGCCGGUGAACAACGUCCGCGUGGGAUACACUCCCGGCGUUACUAGUUCUUACAGCGAUGUAAUGUUUAGCAGCGGUGGAGGUGGCGGCGGUGGUGGUGGUGGUGGAAGUGGGGGUGCAAGCUUCCAUCAUAACAUUAACAUUAACGAGCACGGCGGUGGUGAAUCGAUGAUGAAAAAGAGGGGGAGGCCGGCGAAGUACCAUCCUGAAGGCUCUAUGUCACCGUCGCCCGUUACUGCAGCCAGGCCAGCAAAGUUAACACCUGUCGGUGUCACCGUCAGCGCUUCGUUGAACGGGUCUUUUGAACAGCAGCAACCACAAUCAGCUCCUCCUAUUUCCGCCGUUCCUCCUCCUAUCUCCGCCGCUCCUGUUAGUUCUAUUCCUCUGGAUGAAGGAUUUCCGUUACAAAAGAAGGUCAGAGGCAGACCUCGUGGUUCAUCGAACAGGAAAAAGGAAAGGGAAUCACUAGGAUCACCUGGAUUCGGUUUUACUCCACAUAUCAUUGUGGUGCAGCCUGGAGAGGAUGUGCUAAACAAGAUCAUGUCAUUUUCUCAAAAUGGGCCAAGGGCUGUCUGCAUCAUGUCUGGCAUUGGUGUCAUAUCAAAUGUCACACUUCGUCAAGCUGCGACUUCUGGUGGAACUGCAACUUAUGAGGGGCGUUUUGACAUAUUAGCCCUUUCGGGUUCAUUUGUCCUCUCAGAAAUAUACGGUCAACGCACAAGAACAGGCGGUCUAAGCAUCACAUUAUCGGGACCCGAUGGUCGUGUUUUUGGCGGUGUUGUAGCCGGACUCUUAAUCGCUACAUCGCCUGUUCAGGUUAUAGUCGGAAGUUUUCUUCCGGAAAACUCUAAAGAACAUACCCCGGCUAACCAUGGUGAACCGUUGAACCCAAAAGUCAUGGCGGCUCACCAACCGAAUCAUGGGCCCGCACCCGCCAGCUCACCGUCUCAUGGGACCAUGAGUGAGUCAUCGGGUGGGGCCGGGAGUCCAAUGAACAAUAGUAGCCCUCAAGGCAUGGCUAGUAUGCCAUGGAAGUAGUGGUGUUAGUUGAGGGUAUAAUUGUAAUUUUAGUUUAGCAUUUUGUGUAACUUUUUUUAGUCUUGAGUUACCAGCAAGCAAUGUCUUGAAUUUUUUUGCUGGAGAGAUGUUUUUUUUUUUUUUUUUUUCCGGGGUCAAAUCCGAUGCUAAUGUAUAGGUAUUUAAGCAUGAUGUACAAGUUGUUA